GUGUGUGGUUACCAUAGCAACAGAACAGCGCUGACUUUUGUCAUCGCACUCGAACAGGGGCAGGCAUGAGUGCGGACGCAGAUGUUUCUCGCCAAAAGUCGUCUGUACCUGUGGAGCACCUGGACUAUGAUUAUAUUGAAAAGUGCAGAGAUGCUAAAUACUUGGAGAAGAUCUUGAGAGUACUCAGGUCUGGUAAUGAGGGAAUUUAUCCUCAUCUGAUCAAGUUCUGUGAAAGUCACUUGGAGAAGAUGAACCCUAGGAGCCGAGCUCUUAGGAAGGAAAUGCCCGAAGUCACAGCAGCCAGCCUGCCUGAAGACGAGUGGAGCCAAAUAGCUCAUGAGUUGAAGACAUGGGAAGAGGAAACCAAAAACACUGAAACUUCACUUAAACAUCAGUCAAUGUUUGAUGACCUAGAGAAAGACAAAAUGCCACCUGUCAGAGGUUCAAAGUGUUUUGCUGCACUUAGCAAGAGUUCAGCUCCUAAAGAAAGAAAGAAUCCCUCCAAAUCUGCUCUCCCUCGUGAUUAUCGAGAAUGGGACAAGUUUGAUGUGGAAAAAGAAUGUGACAAAAUAGAUGAGAACGUGCUCACAAAUGAUUCACCAUCUAUUCUAAACACCGGACGUUCCAAAAUCAAGACCCAAGUAGAUGCCUCAUUGCUGUCGCAGCAGGAGAAGCUUCUUUUGGCUAAUCGUGAAAAGCACAAAGGCAAUGAAGCUUUCAGAGCACACGAUUAUGAGGAGGCAGUGGCAUACUACUCCAGGAGCCUUUCCAUUUUACCUACUGUGGCCGUGUAUAACAACCGGGCUCAGGCAGAGAUCAACCUCAAACAAUGGCACAGUGCCAUGAGAGACUGCCAGCAGGUGCUUGACGUGGAGCCAGGCAAUAAGAAAGCUUUGCUACGUCGUGCUGCCAUUUAUAAUCACAUGGGCAACUUCCAAAUGGCCUCUGAAGAUCUGAAGAUGGUUCUCAGGGAAGAACCACACAAUACAACAGCUACACAACUUCUGUCUAAGAUUGAGAAGAUGAUGUCAGAAUAUCAACCAGGGCAGCAGCGCCAGGGCAAAAAAAUCCUCAUCCAAGAGGUAGAAGAAGAAACCGACAACAUCUAUGAAGAGAAACAAAAACAACAGACUGCUUGUUCGGUUCAACCUAGCCAGCCUGUGGGAGGGGAGGAGAGCUCAGCUGCUCCUGCUGAAAGGGGAGACAUGGGAAACGCUCAAAAAAAGCCCCACGGCAGAGGGGACGGGGGUCCACACAGUGAGUCUAUCAACUCACACCACGGAAGCUGGAGGAGCAGAGGGGGCAACUCAGACAAGUACAAAGUCACGCAGGAGUCAAAGGAAAAGGUAGCCAACGGAUCAAGCAAGAGGGGCUCGACAACGUCAGCGCCGGGUGAUCAGAGCGGUAAGGCUGCUUCAGCUGGAAACACAGGAGAAACUGUCAACCUCGAUGCCCCAUGUGGAGCCCUGCCUCCACCUCUGUCCCGUCUAAAGAACGAGGGAAACCUGCUGUUUAAAAAUGGACAGUUUGCCGACUCACUGGAGAAAUACUCACUAGCCAUUCAGGGCUAUACAGAAUCAGGGAUUAAUAGCCCCGAGGAUCUAUGUAUUCUGUAUUCUAACAGAGCAGCGUGCUACCUGAAAGAUGGCAAUAGUCAAGACUGCAUACAGGACUGCACCAGAGCCCUGGAACUGCAGCCAUUCUCCCUCAAGCCCCUCCUGCGCCGGGCUAUGGCUUAUGAGUCCCUGGAGCGCUACCAAAAGGCCUAUGUGGAUUACAAGACCGUCCUGCAGAUAGACAUCAGUGUGCAGGCAGCACAUGACAGCGUUAACAGGAUCACCAAAUUGCUGAUAGAGCAGGAUGGUCCAGAGUGGAGGGAGAAACUUCCAGACAUUCCUCUGGUGCCUCUGUCUGCUCAGCAGCACCGCAGAGAGGAACCCCCCAGCGCAGAGGUCCUCCAGGCUCGAGCAGAGAAGGCUGCCAGGGAUGCAGAGAGGAGAGCUGAGGUCCGUUUUUCAGCAUUGAAGCAAGAAGGGAAUGAUUUUGUGAAGAAGGGCCAAUACCAGGAUGCUCUGGGGAAGUACACAGAAUGCCUUAAGUUAAAGCCAGAUGAGUGUGCAAUCUACACCAACAGAGCUCUGUGCUACUUGAAGCUGGAGAGGUUCACUGAGGCCAAGCAGGACUGUGAUGCAGCACUGAAACUAGAGCCAACCAAUAAGAAGGCCUUUUACAGACGAGCCCUGGCCAAUAAAGGCCUCAAGGACUACCUGGCAUGCAGCUCUGACCUGCAGGAGGUGCUGCAGCAGGAUCCCAAUGUGCAGGAGGCUGAGAAGGAGCUAGAGGAGGUGACAGUGCUGCUCAGACAGAGUCUGGCCAACGCUUCACAAGCCAAACCCAGAAAGACUGUCCCCAUCACAGAGGUUGAUGAUGACGAGGAGGCGAUGGGUGUUUCUGACUCAGCCAGCAGCUGCAGAGAAAACGUCACCAUCAACCUCCAGCCCACCAGCGCCUAUGACUUCAGCCAGUCCCUGAACGCAGCUCGCUGCAGUGGAAACACGGCAGCUUGUGCCAAGUUGCUGGCCUCCACUGCCCCAGAGAUGCUUCCCCAGUACCUCAGCACCCAGCUGGAUGGACACACUGUAAGCUUCAUCAUGCAGGCGCUUGACUCACAUUUACUGGAGAAAGAUCCCAACCUGGUUUAUCAACACCUCAACCAUCUGCACACUGCUGACAGAUUCUCGGUUGUGCUCAUGCUGCUGGAGAAGGACGAGCGUCGCCACAUGACUCAGCUGUUCGAGCAUCUGUCAGCUGUGGAGAGCACAGAGUUCACAAAGAACAAUGUUCAGAAUCUGGCCAACAAAUACAUCUGACCCUCCUGCCCCUGCUCCCUACUGCAUGAGCUGCUGCACCUCUUCUGCUGGAUCUAUGCAAAUCACUGCACAAGAACUGAAGAAUGUGCCCACAGCACCACCGUGGAGCUGACCCGGAAUCAUCCAAGCUGUAAAUGACCUCUGUAUGUUUGUGUGACAGUAAAAAUCUAUUUUUCACUCCAGAACAUUUUGCUAUGCAGAUUUACUUUUGUACCAGCACUAACCAUUUGAAUUGUGGAAAAUGUGUUGAGAAAUCGGGUCCAAUGUGCAAUGUUACGUAAGACAAGUGUGUCCGGGUUUGCUCAGGACGAGCUUCUGUUCCCAGAACUGUCGAUGUGGUCCUUGAAUGCGUUUCAAAAUCAGAGAUGGUAUUCAGUGCAUUCUAAUAUUAUCCUGCAAAGGAGCAUAAAAGAUCAUUUACCACCAACUUGCUGUUGGACCAACAAAUAAGAUAUGAACACAUGUACUGUAUGAUCUCUGCUGUGACGUCAGUAUGUGCUGAGAAUGCUGGAAAAAUAUAAGAGCUUCAUUUUCUGUUUAUUUAUGAAGCUAGUAUGAAGCUAGGAUGAGGGCAUAAGAUUAGUAACUUGUACACAGGUUUUUUAACGUGUGUCUUCUUAUUUGAAUUUGUCAAAACAGGGACAUAAACAAAUCAAAUCUACAAACAAUUAAUUGUGAAAGUUUGAAACUGCAAGUAAAUUUUACAAGUCAGUUCUACACAUAUGUGGAACAAAUGGUUUGUGCUUGUAAAACCUAAAAGUAUUUUUAGACUUGCAGACUUAAUCUGUAUUUACAGUUAGCAAACUAGCAAUACCAGUUACAGAACUUUUCUGCCUGUCCUAGCUCCAUAUUUAUUCAGUUAUUUAAUCAGCAGAUGUGUUCAGACCUAGCAUCAUACCUGAAGACAGUCGUGUCCUUUUAAACAUAAAUGACAUUAAGUUAUUGGGCGUGUUUAAUGAAGGCACAUCUGCAGUCAUCUUCACAGCAGUUCUGACUGGGGCGAGCACACUGGAGUGACGCAGCAUCUUAAUGGGAUGUGUGCCUUGGUUUUCAGUCUAGGGGUCGACUUCCAUUUAUGUGAGUCUACAGAUACUCCUAAGAACAUCUGUUUGAGUGAUUCUGUAGGUUUCAUUAAAUUAAAUGGCAUAUUUUUGCAUCAUAAAUUAACAUAUAUUCUGGUAUUUCCACAUAAAAAAUGUCUUCUUUUUUUUUUUUUGCUAUUUUAAAGUUAUACAUGUUAAGUAAUAUUUAAGUUUUCAAAUAAUCCUAAAUUGAGAACUGCCUGAAACCAUACCAAUCUGUUUUAAAAUGUUCCUCAUGAAUGUACCAGGUUCACUUCAGGGAGACAAACUGAGAGCAAAAGCCAAUAAUUUACAUCUUCCAUAGCUUAUCUUCACUGUGGAUUUAACUGUAUGUUUCAGUAGAGUUGUAAAAUAAAUUGUGUACAGUAUUCAGAGGGAUAUUCAAUAAAGUAGAAUAAAAACAU